AUGGAGAGCCUGAAGCCGCGGAACGUGGCGAGGAUCCCGUGGUCGGAGGUGGAAAGGCACAACAGCAAGGACGACCUUUGGCUCUUGAUUGAUGGCAAGGUCUACGACGUGACCUCCUUUUUGUCGCUGCACCCAGGGGGUGGCCAGCUGGUGGUGGACGCCGCUGCGCAGGACUCUACUAGCCUCUUCGAGCGCACUCACGGUGAGGGCCUGCGAUACUCCUUGCGGCUGCUGAACCAAUUCUUCAUCGGGGUGUGCGAAAACGCCACAGAGGCAAAGCCUGCCGAGCAGGAGAAACCGUCACCAGAGUUUCUGCAGACACUGAGGUCGAUCACUGGCGCGCUGCACACAUUUGACGAGGCAAAGGCGACCGGUGAGGCACAGGGCAUCCUGAGAUGA